AUGUUUCUCAAAUCUCUCGCCAUCGCGGCACUCGUCACAGCCCCAGCAGCCGUUCAAGCAACCUACCCCUUCUCCAACCCAGGCGACCUCGCCGCCGCGGACAAAUUCGAGUACAUCCGCCAAGAACACAACGGCGUCGUUCAAACCGUCACAAACGUAGUCUACAAAGGCACCACAGCCCUCAAAAUGACACAGACCUACGACCCUUCCUACAACGGCCGCUACCACUCCGAAGUCGACGUCAACGACGGCUACACCCGCGGCCAAGACCGCUUCUACGGCUUCGCCUUCCGCCUCUCCGACGCCUGGCAGUUCCAGCCGCAGUCUUACAAUAUCGCGCAGUUCAUCGCCGACCGGCCCGGCGCGGGCUGCGGCGGCGACGACUGGAUGCCGUCCAGCAUGCUCUGGCUCGAGGGCGACCAGCUUACCUCGCGGAUCGUGAGCGGGCAGUACCGUCUGCCGGAUUGCGGGCGGAGUAUUGUUAAGUAUGGGAACCUGACGACGGUUGAGCGCGGGGUAUGGCAUCGGGUUGUGAUUCAGGCAAGUUGGCGGAGCGAUGCGAGUGGGUUUUAUAAGAUUUGGUAUGAUGGGAACAAAGUGUUGGAGAAGUAUGAUGUUGCGACGACGGUGAAUGAUGAUAGUACUUUUCAAUUCCGUGUUGGGUUGUAUGCGAGUAGCUGGUAUGAUCAGAAGAAGAUGGAUGGGGACCAGCCUUUCCGUCAGGUUUGGUUUGAUGAGAUUGCUGUUGGUUCGACUUACAAGGCUGUAGAUCCUGAUCAGUAA